AUGGAAUUGAGUAUUGCAGAUGUUUGGUACCAUAACUUUGAAGUAGAGAUGGCAAAGAUCGAGGUGAUCGUGGCGGUCGAUACAGAAUUCACUGGUUUUAUAUUGCGUACUCCAAGAAAUGCUUCGGAACGACGGCUAUACAGCGAUGUCAAAUUCAAUGUCGACCGGAUGAAGAUUACACAGAUUGAUAUUACUCUUUUCGACAACAAUAGCGACUCUUGUGGAACUUGGCAAUUUAAUCUCAGAAAAAGCCCGGGAGUCCACCUCCGUAAAAAUACAGAGAAAGGAAUGAACAAAGAAGGGGUUGAUGCAUAUUUGUUAGUACAAAAAUUCAAAGAAGUGAUUGCCCUGCACAAAAUUAAAUGGGUUACCUUUCACGGCCUUCAUGACUUAGCUUUGAUGAUGAAGCUUGUGAGUGGUGAUGAGAUGCCGCACACACGGAUGGAGUUUGUACAACGGCUCAGCCUCAUUUUUUUUGAAGUUUAUGACGUAAAAGUUAUGGCAAGAGAUUGUCCCGGACUGCACAAUUACGAAGUAGUAUUGGAGGGUUUGGGAAAGUUUUUAAAAGCAAGAAGAACAGGCGAGGCACAUCAGGCGGGUUCAGAUAGUAUGUUAACAGCCAUUGCAUUUUGUAGCAUGAAGGAUGGAUAUGGGCUGAGAGAGGAAGAUUAUGAAGGGUGGUUGUAUGGUAUUGGGGCCAACAUAGAGUGGAGGAGGAGUCAGCCAAUGCAGUAUUAUUGUCCAAUUGAGUAUGAAGCAGCUACUGUUCAUGGUCAUUGUUUGUUGUUUGAUUCAUUAGGCAGGCAAUUCGAGCACCUGUUGUUGAUAGGAAGUUAA